AUGACAAAGCUCCGCCAAAGCCGCAGCAGCAGCAAAGGAAGCACAGGGACCUCGACCACCCGGCCUGGCAGCGAGACACCGCGCCGGCGCUACGAAACCCGAACUUUCUGGGACCAGUGGUAUCGAAAGCACGGGGAAGCGGUGGAGUGGAGUGGUCCAGUAAAUGACAUUGUCCUACAGGCAAUCACGGAGGUCCUGAAGGGACUACCAAAGGCAGAGGAGCCUCUGCGAGUUUGCGAGCUUGGGUGUGGGUGCUCGCAUCUGGCCCCAAUGCUGCGUGAUGCCGGAGUCACAGUGAUCGGAGUGGACUUCUCCCAGGAGGUGAUCAACGCCAACAGGAUGCGUCAUCCAGACAUCCAGUGGGAAUGCUGGGAUGCUUUACAACUUGCGGAUCGCUUCGAUGCCGGCUAUUUUGAUGCCAUCGUUGGCAAGACACUUAUUGAUUGCUUUUUGACCAGGACGGAUGCUGCUGGUUCGAUUCGGCGGAUGCUGCAGCAGUGCCACACGGUCCUGAAAGACAACGGCUGCAUGAUGUUGCUGGACAAGGCUAGCUCGGACAGCAUCAUCGGACGUGGCCGUACUCGUCAGCUGACUGUGGACCAUCACAAGAUGCUGACCUUCCGUAUCUUGUAUCCGCAGCCGAGGCAGAGCUCCCGAACGAGCCCAGCGGCAGAAGAGGGCGACCCGUUGCAGCGGCAGUGGGAGCUGGAGAUCGAGCCAACGUUGCACAAGCAUUUCGUGGUUCGACCAGCAGCUGCGGGUUGUGGAUCGCUGGUGGUUUGGUCGACUGACAACGUGGCCACUGCAGCAGGAAUCGAGACCGGUGACCUGAUACUAGGCUACCGUCGAAGCGGCGUCAGAAACAUGACAGUUGGCAACGCGGCGGAGACGGCGAAAGUCAUCCGCACGUCUCUGCGGAGCGUGACCUUGCUGAUGGAGCGGCCUGCCUCCGGAGCCGCGCGACGAAAGACCGCCUCGUUGAAGACGAGGUUGAUGUCGCGCCAAUCCACUUCGCAAUCAAAGAUCCGUGCAUGGACAUGUGUGACAGUGAUAGCAUAUCAAUCCCUCACCACGGUGAUUGUCGGCCUUACGCUGAAUGAUUUGGCGAAGCGGAUGGACUUACAAAAUGGCUUGCAGCUUCACGGCCUUUUUCUUGGACGCGCGGUCGGAGCUGUCUUCGGCACAAUGCUUGGUGGCUGGCUGUGCGAUGUUUGCCCAAUCAAAAUCGCUAUGUGCUGCUGCAUCGGCAGCUCCGCCUUGACUGUAGUGGCGAUUCCCUUUGCGGCAUCCUCUGCCAGCCUUCACAUUCUGUCCGCCAAUUUUGUUUUGCUGGGCUGCUGUGGCUCUGCCCUGGUCUCCUUUACCGUUUCAGCAGCUUGCUGGAGCUUUCCAGGGAAAGAGGUUGGCCCGAUACUGGCACUGUGCAACGGGGCCUUCGGCAUGACCAGUGCGGUGCUUCCGUUGGCUUUCAAGCUGCUGCGGAUGCAGGGCGACCCUGUCGCAGAAUAUGGUUUCGUUGCUUUGUGUGCUGCUCCGCCUUUGGCUUUCCUGGCAGCGAGCCAGGCGCCGCAAAGGCCAGUGGAAAAGUCAUCCGAGCUGGACUCGGAUGACAGCUCCGAGGACGAUACAGGUCUUUGGUCAGCGGCUGCAAAGAGAUGGAUAGCUGUUCUGGCAGCAGCAUGGGUGCAGUUCCUGUUCUCCGGAGCAAACUCUGCUUUGCUGGGCUGGAUUGUGUCUUAUGCCGACGGGGAGCUCCAUGACUUGGAAGUGGCACCCGUUCUGGUGAGCCUGCUACAGGGCUCCUUGAUGCUCGGUUCUUUUGGAGCUUCUAGAUAUCAGCAGUAUUUCCACCUGUGGGAUUUGGCUCGCGGUCAAGUUGUCCUAGUCUUGCUGGGGCUUCUCUGCUGGCUGCCCUUUACCUCCUCUGUGCUGGCGACGGUGCUGGCCUUGAUAUGGUACGGCCUCGCAGGCGGGCCUCUUGUGACUUACGCCAGCACAUUGCUCAACCAGCACUGCAGCCCAACUGGAUUUCAGUUGGCCGUCAUCAAUGUUGGUGGUAAUUUCGGCGCCAGCGCAGGACCGUUUCUGGUCGGCAUGCUGAUGAUUAGACUUGGGCCACACGCCCUGCCCUUUGCUGUCGGUGGCGCAUUUGGCAUAGCUCUCCUGGGAUUUGUUGCUGCUUCGAUGCUGCGCUUCGAUUUGACGCGAAACAGCAAGACAACACCGCUGCUGAAUGAAGGAUGA